AUGUCCUCCACCCCUAAAAGCUCCCUCGAUAGCGAGGAGCGCGCAUCCAACGCUUCCGAACCCUCAUCCCAGAACUCACGCAUCUCAUCUACGGCUGAUAGUCCCCGUCGGAAGUCGAUUCAAUUCAACUUUGGUGGGACCGAGCCACAGAGUCAGCAUCGUCGGUCUACCAGCGCUGUCGGCGGGCGCCGGCCACAACAACAAGAAGCGCAGGACAAAGAACAGAAAGCCACUGGAAGAGGUCAUUCACCUCCGCCACCCCAAACUUACGAGAGAGGUGUUUCUUUCAAUACGUUCGACAACCCUGACGCGGCGGACUUCUCUUUAACUUUGAAUUACAAACACAAGGGGUAUCAGUGUACCCGGCGCAGUCGUACUUUUCUAUGCGGCACGGAUCAGAAUGAUUAUUCCGAUUUUGCCUUGGAGUGGCUCAUUGACGAAUUGAUGGAUGAUGGCGACGAGAUCGUCUGUCUACGGGCCGUGGAAAAGGACUCCACGAUCGCAAGUGACGCCGCAAUCGAGGAGGGAAAGUACCGCCAAGAAGCAGAGAAGUUGUUUGAGCAAGUGAUCCAGAAGAAUAGCCAGGAUGAGAAGGCAAUCAGCUUAGUCUUGGAACUAGCGGUGGGGAAAGUCCAGGAUAUCAUUCAGCGCAUGGGCCUGCUGCCCGGUUCCGUCUCCAAAUACUGCUUACAGCAAUCCCCAAUUCCCGUGAUCGUCGUCCGUCCCUCCACCAAGCGGGAAAAGAAGAAGAAGAAGCGUCUUGCGGAUCCCACUCGCCGCAACUAUAAUCACAUCCUAGAGCUGAGCGAGCAGCGUGGAAGCAAGUUGUUCGACGCAAGUUCGAGCACGGACAGUCACGUCUCGAAACUUCCGGGCGAAGAAGCAGCCGUAGCCGCGGCUCUCGGCCUGCCUCAGUCGUACGCCAACUCCCGAAGCUCGCUGUCAAUGUCCGAGCGAAGCAGUGUGAGCCAUGAUGAGAAUGAUUCGCCGUCUCCUAAUGUCGACUCCUUGGGCACCAGCCACAGCCCAGCGGCGGGCACCCCGGAGAGCACUGAGAGCGAAAGCACAACAGACGAUGAGCCUGGACCGCAGAUCAAAGAUGCACCCGAGGGCUCGUCAUCGGAGACUGCAUCUACGGAAGAGGCCAAGGCGGUUGAUGCAACAUCGACGGAUGAAUCCGAGUUGAUCAACUCCAAUCAAAGUACACCAAGGCCAGGCAGUUCUAAACUGAACAUUCCGGUCAUUGUCACUGAAGAUAUGACCGAGAAGGGAACGGAUGGCCAAACUCAUCCGGAAAUGGGUACUAGCCGUAUAUUUUACCACGAGAAAUCUUAUCACACCAUCAGCCAACCAGGUCAUAACCUCACUACAUAA